CCUGAAAAUGUGCGUCAUUCGCCUGUCAAAGUGGUUCUGGCGUUAUAGAUUUACGAAGGAAAAUCGCAAUUUAUUGUUUUUACGAAAUAUGUCUGAUAACUCUUCACCAGGAAAGAGUGAUGGUGGAGAUCCCACAGACCGAGUUGUACCGCCAAAUCCUCCAAAUCCUAUGGAAGAUAUUGGAUCAAGGAUUCGAGAUCUAAAUGUAGACUCCAUUCGACGCUACUUGGCCCAGAAGCUUGGAUUUUAUGAGCCCACUGAACCCGUUGGAGCACCAGUUGAAAAAGUUCUCAAUGAAGUCAGUUUAGACGGCAUAGUAGAGUGGAUAAAGAGUGAACGAUGCAAGAACAUUAUAACAUUGGCUGGCGCUGGUAUAUCCACUUCUGCUGGAAUACCUGAUUUUAGAAGCCCAGAGACUGGAUUGUAUCAUAAUUUACAAAAGUAUAAUCUACCGGAGCCUCAAGCGAUAUUUGAAAUCAAUUUCUUCCGACAAAAUCCAAAACCAUUUUUUGCUUUAGCAAAGGAAUUGUUUCCAGGAAAUUUUAAACCAACAAUUUCUCACUACUUUAUCAGACUAUUACAUGAAAAAGGUUUACUGCUACGUCAUUAUACUCAAAACAUUGACACACUGGAACGCGGAGCUGGAAUCCCUGAAGAGAAACUUGUUGAGGCCCAUGGAACUUUCUACACAUCACACUGCCUAGAAUGUCGGAAACAAUAUCCUUUAGAAUUCAUAAAAGAUAAAAUAUUUGGGGAUGAAAUACCGAUUUGCCUUGAAUGUCCAGGAGUUGUGAAGCCAGAUAUUGUUUUCUUUGGUGAAAGUCUUCCACACAGAUUCCAAGAUUGCCUUCAAGAGGACUUCCAAAAAUGUGACAUGCUUAUUAUAAUGGGCUCUUCACUUGAAGUUCAACCGUUUGCUUCAUUGAUUGACAUGGUACCGGACUGGUGUCCGAGGCUUCUCAUCAACCGCGAGAAGGCUGGUGUGCGGUCACCGCUGCUGCGGCUGAUGGGCAUCAUGGGCGGUGGUCUGCAGCUGGACGAGGACUCGGUGCGCGACGUCGCCCGGCUAGGGGACUGCGAUGACGGCUGUCAGGACCUGGCCGAUAGGCUGGGGUGGGGUGAUGAGCUACGUCUCCUUGUCGCAAACGAAGAGAAGCGUUUGGAAUUGGAAGGCAAACUGAACACACCACACUCACCAGUCGGGUCUGGUAGCCCGUUACAAGAGGUUGGCCUGGGGCUCAGCGCUGAACACAAGUUGUGAGCAAUGUGAUGAUGAUGAUUAUAUUGUGGGUAACAGGCAUAAGCGCAGGGUGCAUGCCUCUUUAUUUAUUUGAUGCCUUAUUAUUAAUGCGUGUCUUACGUUCAUUUUAGGCAACCACCCUCUAACACUAUUUUAACUUAGGGGUGUGUAUCUCAUUAGUCAUUAGACGAAAAAAUACAUGUGUCACUCGGAGACUGCCGCGGUAAAGCUAUUGCAUAGCG